AUGACAGGUACUUCGAUCAAUGCUGCCAUUCUAUACCACGCCACGCAAGGGCCCACACUCCUCCAAGCCGACCUUGUCUUGCAGAAAGCCCUCACAUACCCCCAUCCGGCAGUGCAUGUUGGUCGCUCUCCAGUGUCUCCACUAACCAAGCUUGGUCCCCAAUGUCUAAACUGGAUCGACGGGUUGCCCGUGGCAAAGCUGCAACAAGGUCCGUCGGUGGCCACCAGCCAAAUACCAAUUUCUUCAAUAUUGACUGUGUAUAUCCCAGGAGGAUGCCCGUGUCUCGAUGCACAGCUGCACCCCGAGUUGCAUGUGGCCGAGCCUUAG